CCUCCAGCUACGUCAGGGGAGGUACAGGUUGGAUAUUAGGAAAAAAACAAUCACCAAAAGAAUAAUAAAGUACUGGAAUUGUCUUCCCAGGGAGGUGGUGGAAUCACCAUCUCUGAUGUGUUUAAAAAAAGACUGGACGUGGCACUUGGUCUGGUUGAGGUGUCAGGGCAUGGGCUGGACUCGAUGAUCCUGGAGGUCUCUCCCAGCCUCAUUGUUCUGUGAUCCUGUGUCCAUCCAGCUGGCACAGCCGCCGUGUCCCGUGGCCUACGAGCACCUUUGUGCCACAAACUGGGGCCAUGGCUGAGCGGGUGCUGGUGGUCGGCAGCGGGGGCAGGGAGCACGCCCUGGCCUGGAAGUUGGCCCAGUCCCCACACGUCAAACACGUGUUUGUGGCUCCAGGAAAUGCAGGCACAGCUGGCCACGGGAAAAUCUCCAAUUCAGCUGUAUUAGUGAGCAAUCACACUAUUGUUACCCAGUUCUGCAAAGAUCACAACAUUGGGCUUGUGGUAGUCGGCCCAGAAGCUCUUUUGGCAGCUGGGAUUGUCGAUGACCUGAGGGCAGCAGGAGUUCGGUGCUUUGGGCCCUGGGCCAGGGCAGCCCAGCUGGCCUCCGACAGCAGCUCCAGCAAAGCCUUCCUGGAGCGCCACGGGAUGCCCACGGCGCGCUGGAGAGCCUUCAGCACCCCGCAGGAAGCCUGCAGGUUCAUCACCAGCACAGACUUCCCUGCGCGCGUGGUGCGGGCGCGGGGGCCAGCGGCCAGGAAAGAAGUGACCAUUGCAGCCAGCAAGGAGGAGGCCUGCAGAGCUGUCCAGGAGAUUAUGCAGGACAGAAUGUUUGGAGAGAUGGUUGUUAUUGAAGAACUGCUUCAAGGGGAAGAACUUUCUUGCUCCUGCUUCACCGACGGUGUCACCGUGGCCUCCAUGCCCCCGGCUCAGCCCCACAAGCGGCUGCUGGACGGCGAGCAGGGCCCCACCACGGCAGGGAUGGGAGCCUAUUGCCCCGUGCCUCAGGUUCCAGAAGCUCUCCUAGAGCAAAUCAGGAGCGCAAUCCUCCAGCACGUCGUGGACAGCUUGAGACAAGAAGGAGCAGCCUAUGUAGGUGUGCUGCAAACAGGUUUGAUGCUGACCAAAGAGGGGGUGAAGAUUUUAAACUUUAAAUGCCAGUUUGGGGAUCCCCAGUGUCAGGUGAUUCUCCCUCUGCUUAAAAAUGAUUUCUAUGAAGUGAUUCAAGCAGCAAUUGAUGGGAAACUCUGCAGCUGCAUGCCAGCCUGGCUGGAGAACAGAACUGCUGUGUGUGUGGUCAUGGCCAGCCCAGGAUACCCAGGAGACUCUGACAAAGGCAUGGAGGUAACAGGGCUUCUGCAAGCCAAGGAGCUGGGGCUGCAGGUGUUCCACGGGGGCACCGUGCUGAAGGAUGGCCGGGUGGUGACAAGUGGUGGCAGAGUCCUGUCCGUCACUGCUGUCAGGCAGGACCUGAUGGAAGCCCUGGGAGAAGCCAACAAGGGCGUGGCCACCAUCCACUUCCAGGGGGCCACCUUCAGGAGGGACAUCGGGCGCCGGGGGCUGCGGCUGCUCCGCCAGCCCCUGGCCCUGGUGUUCAAGGACAGACAGGUAGGAGCUGGGAGCAGGGAGGUUUUGGGCCGUCUGCCACAAACACCAGCUGUGAGAGGCACCAGGGCAGGGGGUCGUUCUGACAGAGGAGGCUUUGCUGCUUUCUUUGACCUGAAGGCAUCUGGUUAUGAUGAUCCCAUCCUGGUGUCCCAGACCAAGGGCCUUGGUCCCAAACUGCAGGUUGCCCAGGUCUGUAAAAGACACGACACCAUCGGGCAGGACCUGGUGGCCCUGUGUGUCAAUGACCUGCUGGCCCAGGGGGCUGAGCCCCUCUUCUUCCUCAGCCAUUUGGCCUGUGGCAAACUCGAUGCUGAAGUGAUGGAAACAAUCAAAGAAGGAAUAGCUGAGGCUUGCAGGAGUGCAGGCUGUGCUUUCCUGGGUGGGGAGGUGACAGAAGUGGCAGCUCCGUGUCCCCCGGGGCACUGUGCCCUGGCGGGGUUCGCGGUGGGCGCGGUGGAGCGGGGCCAGCGGCUGCCGGGGCUGCAGAGAGCCGAGGAGGGGGACGCGCUCCUGGGGCUGGGCUCCGCCGCCAUCCACGGCCGCGCCUUCGGCGUGGUGCGGAGGAUCCUGCUGACAUCCUCCCUGCACUGCUCCUCGCCAGCCCCGGGCAGCUGCGGGGACACCACGCUGGGAGAUGUUCUGCUGACCCCAGGGAAGAUGUUCAGCCCAGCUCUGCUGCCCGUCCUUCGCUCGGGGCACGUGAAGGGCUUUGCCCCCACGGCCGAGGGGCUCCUGGGGGGCAUCUCCAGACUCCUGCCCGAGCACGUCAGCGCCGUCCUGGAUGCUCUCAGCUGGAAGAUCCCUGAAAUCUUUGGCUGGCUCUACAAGGAGGGGAACCUCUCUGCAGAGGAGAUGGCUCAGACCUUUCCCUGUGGGAUUGGGGCUGUCUUGGUCGUGCAGAAGGAGCUGGCCCAGCACGUUCUCCAGGACAUCCAGAGGCAGCAGGAGGCCUGGCUGAUUGGGAAGGUGGUUGCCCCUUGUCACACAGGUUCUCACAUUGAAGUGGAGAAUCUUGCAGAGGCCCUGCAGCUGAGCAGCCCCCAGCAGCUGCUGGACACCAGCACUGCCGAGAUCCAGCCCCAGCCCAGGAAGAGAAAGGUGAAGGUGGCUGUUCUUGUCUCUGGAGCAGGCACGGCCCUGCCUGCGCUCAUCGGCUCCGCCCGGGAGCCGGGCAGCUGUGCCCAGCUGGUGCUGGUCAUCUCCAACAGACCCGGGGUGCAGGAGCUGCGGAGCGCCGCCCGCGCCGGAAUCCCCACCAGGGUGAUUGAUCACAAAUUGUACGGGAGUCGCUCGGAAUUCGACAGCACCAUUGACCGAGUCCUGGAGGAAUUCUCUGUGGAGCUCAUCUGUCUGUCAGGGUUCAUGAGAGUUUUGUCCAGCCCUUUUCUCCGAAAAUGGAAAGGAAAAAUUUUGAAUGCUUCUCCAUCACUUUUUCCACUCAUCAAGGAUGGAAAUGCCCAGCAAGAGCCCCUGGAAAGUGGAUUCAAAGUCACAGGCUGCACUGUGCAUUUCGUCCUGGAGGAGCCGGGCGCCGGCGCCGCGAUCCGCCGGGAGCCGCUGCCGGCGGGCCCGGGGGACACGGAGGCAGCGCUGGGCGAGCGGCUGCAGGAGGCCGAGCUCAGGGCUUUCCCCCUGGCCCUGCAGCUCGUGGCCAGCGGGGCCGCCUGGCUGGGACCCCACGGAAGAACGUGCUGGAGGCGGGAGAGACGGAGGCUGAGCCCGGAGGAGGAGCAGGGACGCGGAGCGGCCUCUGCCGAGGAGCCUCCGGAACGCGAGGGGCUCUGGGCCGGUCCCUGAGGGGAUCUGGGAGGGUCCCUGAAGGGAUCUGGGCAGUCCCUGAGGGUCCCUGAGGGGCUCUGGGCUGGACCCUGAGGGGAUCUGGGCAAUCCCUGAGGGUCCCUGAGGGGAUCUGGGCAGUCCCUGAGGGGGCUCUGGGCCGGUCCCUGAGGGGAUCUGGGAGGGUCCCUGAAGGGAUCUGGGCAGUCCCUGAGGGUCCCUGAGGGGCUCUGGGCUGGACCCUGAGGGGAUCUGGGCAAUCCCUGAGGGUCCCUGAGGGGAUCUGGGCAGUCCCUGAGGGGACUCUGGGCCCAUCCUUGAGGGGAUCUGGGCUGGACCCUGAGGGGAUCUGGGAGGGUCCCCCUGAGGGACUCUGGGCCGGUCCCUGAGGGGAUCUGGAAGGGACCCUGAGGGGAUCUGGGCAGUCCCUGAGGGGCUCUGGGGAGGUCCUUGAGGGGAUCUGGGAGGGUCCCCCUGAGGGACUCUGGGCCGGUCCCUGAGGGGAUCUGGGCAGUCCUUGAGGGGAUCUGGAAGGGACCCUGAGGGGAUCUGGGCUGGACCCUGAGGGGCUCUGGGGAGGUCCCAGAGGGGAUCUGGGCCGGUCCUUGAGGAGCUCUGGGAGGGUCCCCCUGAGGGGAUCUGGGCCGGACCCUGAGGGACUCUGGGCUGAUCCUUGAGGGGAUCUGGGCCAGACCCUGAAGGGGUCUGGGGAGGUCCUUGAGGGGCUCUGGGAGGGUCCCUGAGGGGAUAUGGGCGGGUCCUUGAGGGACUCUGGGCAGUCCCUGAGGGGAUCUGGGCUGGACCCUGAAAGGAUCUGGGUAGGUCCCUGAGGGGCUCUGGGCAGUCCUUGAGGGGCUCUGGGAGGGUCCCUGAGGGGGACCUGGGGAGGGAUCUGGGGAGGACCUUGAGGGGAUCUGGCCUGGGGCGUGGGCAAAGAUCCCAUCCAAGAUCAAAGGGGGUCCCUG